AUGUUUACAGUAUGUCUCUAUGUUUUUAUUGGCGUCUGGAAGAUGCUUUUUGUGCAUCUGUUAUGCAUCAUCUCGGCACAUGACAAGGGUCUGCUACAUACAUUGGACCAGAGGUAUGGUCCAUCAUCCUGUGUUGCUCAUCUCAUGUUGACUGCCUCCACCAGAUAUAGGCAAACUCUGACAUUUGGCUCAGCUACCAUCUGA